AUGCGAGAAUUUAGCCGUAGGAAUCCACCGACGUUUGAUGGGACAAGUAGUGACCCUCUUGUGGCCGAUCAUUGGUUAGCACAAAUCCGUAAACUUUUCAACGCUCUUAAGAUUACCGAAGAUGAUUUACGAGAUGCGAGGAGAGCGGCAAGGACCGCGGCUCAAGUAAAUGAACCGGAUGUUGAGAAUUUGACGUGGGCCGAGUUUGAGACUUUAUUUGAGGAGCAAUACUUUCCAGAGACUAGUCGUGAGCAGUUGAGAGAUCAGUUUGAAAAGUUGGAGCAGGGGAGUAUGAGCGUGUCGGAGUACGCUCAAAAGUUUCAGUCUUUAUCUCGAUUUGCGCCAGAGUUGGUGGCGACGGAGGAGAGGAGAUGUAGACGUUUUGAGAAGGGGCUUCAUAAUACUGUGAGGAGAAUGGUAAUGGUGCAACGUAAGACAAAAUACGUCGAGGUUGUUGAGUGUGCGAGAAGUAUUGAGAUAGCAAAGGAAGCGCAGAGGAAUAGGGGAGUUUGGGAACCGAGGCAACAAAUUGUGAGUGUGAGUUCGUCGUCGGGAAGCUUUGGGAGUCAAGGAUGGAAGAGACAGAGGGAACCAUCGCAGCAACCAUCUAAUCAAUCCAACUUUAGGGUACCUUCUUCUUCAGGGACUCGAGGUGCUUUGUCUAGACCUCCACCUAUGUGCUACAAGUGUAAUCAACCUGGACACAUUCGUGCUCAAUGUCCACACCGCGAGAAGGCUUGUUACGUUUGUGGUAAAACGGAUCAUCUUGCUAGGAGUUGUCCUCAGGGGUCGGGAAUGCAUAGUGAGUCGGGUUUCGUGCAGCAGUUGGGAACGGGGUAUAAUGUGGGCCAACAGUUUAGGGGCACUCAGAGGCAGCAGCAGCCUCACUUCUGCCAGACUACGUCGGUUCAAAGUUCCGGGGGUGAUAAGGGAGCGAGUACUUCCGCGCCCACUCAGGGUUCUGGUCAGAGGGGAGGUUUUGCACAAGGUCAAAGUACCCAGGGGCGUGUUUUCAACAUCAACUCGAAUGCUUCACCUUCUGUUUCUCAGGCUCCAGAGGCAUCCGUUGUGAGGGGGGGUAGAACGCCUCUUGAUCGUAUUUGUCGAGAUUGUGAGUUGGUCAUUUGUGACCGUCGUUUUGUACUCGACUGCAUCCUUUUGGAAAUGUCGGGGUUUGAUCUUAUCUUGGGAAUGGAUUGGUUAUCCACAUUUCAGGCUACCAUCGAUUGCUUCAAGCGUCGAGUUCGUAUUUUUCCUCUUGAGGGUUCUUGUUUCCAAUUCUUUGGGGAACAUCGGGAGCCGUUGGAACCGUAUUUAUGUGGGUCUCGAGAGCGCGAGUCAAUUUAUUCCUUGUUGGCGAGUUUGACGUUAGAUGAAGAUUUGUCGACACGUGGGGAGUUACCUUUAGUAGUUUGCAAAUUUCCCGAUGUUUUUCCUGAAGAGUUACCUGGUUUACCUCCUGAAAGAGAGAUUGAAUUCGUUAUCGAUUUACUACCCGGUACCGCUCCUAUCUCCGUACCUCCGUAUCAUUUUGCGUCCGCCGAAUUAAGAGAGUUAAAGACUCAGUUGCAGGAAUUGGAGAACUUAGGGUUCAUUCAUCCGAGUACGUCACCGUGGGGAGCACCGGCUCAUUUCGGGCAAAAGAAGGAUGGUUCACUCCGCUUGUGCAUCGAUUAUCGUAAGCUAAACCGAGUUACCAUUAAGAAUAAGUAUCCCAUGCCUAGAAUCGAUGAUUUGUUUGAUCAACUUCGGGGUGCGACCUGUUUUUCCAAAAUUGAUUUGAGGUCCGGUUAUCACCAGUUGAGGGUUCGGAGGGAGGAUAUUCCUAAGACCGCAUUCCGCACUCGUUAUGGCCAUUACGAAUUCGUUGUUAUGCCUUUCGGAUUGACGAACGCUCCAGCUACAUUCAUAGACUUAAUGAAUCAUAUCUUUCGUGUGUACCUUGAUCAUUUUGUGGUUGUAUUCGUCGAUGAUAUUCUUAUCUAUUCGCCAACAGAGGAGGAACACCAAUCGCAUCUCACCAUUGUUCUUGAAAUCUUAAGGGAGCACCAAUUGUACGCCAAGCUUAGUAAGUGUGAGUUUUGGCUAUCCGAAGUCAAAAUUUUGGGUCACGUGGUUUCGAAGGGUGGCGUGUCCGUUGAUCCGGGAAAGAUAGAGUCCGUUAUGAAUUGGCAACGACCGAAGAACGUGUUUAAAAUUCGUAGUUUCUUAGGUUUGGCCGGGUACUACCGUCGUUUCGUUCUCAACUUCUCUCGUUUAGCUGCACCAAUGACUAGAUUAACCCGAGGGAUUGGGAUGCGUGUUGAUGCAAGCGAGGCGAGUAGUAGCGUAUGGAUCGCGACAGUUGAAAACUCACGAGCAGAAUUACCCUACACAUGA